AUCGACCAAGCUAAGGGAACAGUCAGCGACAAUUUGAAGGAAAUUCUUCGGGCUCGCUAAUGACAUAAUUCGAGAAAAUUGCAUUGAAAACAAUAAGAAAUAUUGGUAGAAAAUUUCGAGGAAUUUAAGGCCGUUAAAGGAGACGUUCAGACCUCUAUAAGAGGUUGCCAUUUGCAAGACCAUGAAGACACUCUUACCGAUAAUCUUCUUACUCUUGGUCUUCAUCCCUUAUAAUUACGCUAAAAAGAAAUCAAAAGAAACCAAGAAAGAGAAGACUCCAACAGAAGAGCCACUUCAAUUUCUCGGAUGCUUCAAAGAUAGCGACCCGCGGGAUCUCCCGCAACGGGUUCACGAGCAUAGUGGCAGCGUUAAGGAUUGCGUCAAAACCUGUAAAGACAUGAAAUUCAGGUUUGCUGGGAUCCAAUAUGCCUACUUAUGCUUCUGUGGUAACCUGCAUGGUAGAUUUGGUCAACUUCCAAACGGAAGAUGCGACAGUGAUUGCAAACAUACAAAUGAUACCCAGUGUGGUGGAGAAUGGGCAAACUCUGUCUACAAAACAGGGUACGAGCCUCCACGAUUACGUCCGAAGACAAGAGUCAAUAAACACGAUAAGCGAGAUAAUGAGGUUAUGUUUGAUGAGCCAAAGCAGUACCAAACACAAGACUCUCGUGUCUUCUCUAUCGACGUGGAACCAGCAAAAUACUCCAGUAUUCCAGAGAGUGUCAUCGAAAGACCAAGAAGUCAAAGAUCGAGUGACUACUUAAACUCAUAUAAUUCAAAACAAUCAAAUACAUUGUCAUCUUACGGAUCCAAUAACCAAUAUCCAUCUUAUAAUCGUGGUUCUUAUCAAUAUGGAAGCAAUGCUGGUGCUAAACAAUACAGUUCUGGUAACACACAGUACGGGAACACUGCUGCUGGGAUAAAUCAGUACGGGUAUGAUACUCCAGCUAAUACAAGGCAGGAAAUUUCUUCUAAUAAUUCUACCAGUACAAGUUAUAGCGGAUAUCCUCAGCAAUCCAAUGAUGCUCAGCAAUAUCAGGCUCAGGAACAAACCAAUCAAGCUCAGUCAGAUUAUUCAAAUACGCCUUCUGAAGCAGGCUCUUAUGGCUCGACCUCGCAAGGGUACGGCACGGUUACUGGUGGCCAAGGAAAUGGUUAUGAGGCAGCUGGAGGAUACAGUAAUGAUCAAUAUGGAACAAAAGCAACUAGCAAUUACCCUGGAGGUGAAACAGCGAGCACUCAACAAGGGAAUACAGCCAAUUAUUACCAACAGCAGAAUAAUACUCAGAGGAAUGAACAGUUAACACAGAACAGCUACGGCAGCACUGCUAAUGCUGGUAACGAUGCCACAAAUGCAUAUCGUAUUUCAAUAUCAUUUCAUGAUGAUAAUGCAACGGCUGCAGGAGGAGAAAAUAGUACACAGUCGGGCAGCCAAUCACAGCCCCCUCAAACCGACUCAUCUCAACAAUAUUCAUCUUCAAAUGCAGGAUAUCCUUCAUACUCUGCACAAGAUUCAACCUCACAGUCUUCAGCUUCCUCUGCAACGCCAGCCGCUCAGGAACAACAGCAGUAUGACAAUACAGCAUCUUCAGCCCCUGCACCAGCGGCAGCACCAUAUCAGACACAGGGUGAGGCGUCAUCAGAUUCAGCCACUGCAACAUCAGCCGCUCAGGGACAGCAACAGUAUGACAAUGCAGCAUCUUCAGCCUCUGCCCCAGCGGCAGCACCAUAUCAGACACAGGGUGAGGCGUCAACAGAUUCAGCCACUACAACAUCAGCCGCUCAGGGACAACAACAGUAUGAUAAUACAGCAUCUUCAGCCUCUGCACCAGCGGCAGCACCAUAUCAGUCACAGGCGAGUCAAUCAGCCUCAUCAUCUGAAACCCCUUCACAGUCAGAUGCUGCUGUCUCACAAGCUCAAGCUCAAGCUCAAGCUGCACCCCCUCCACAGGCCCCAGCACCUGCUCCUGCUCCUGCUGCGUAUUCAUCUAGCCCUUAUCAAGCAUAUGGAUCUUCUUCACCAGCACCAGCACCUCCACCUACACCUUAUGCAUCGCCUCCACAAUCGUACAAUAAUUAUCCCUCCUAUGCGACAGCGCAGUCUUCAAAACCAGCAAACACCUCAACAAGUCAGCAGCCAAAAACACCCUGUCAAGUUGAACGCAAGAUGGCGGAACAGAUGGAUGAUACGUUUACUCCUAAGUGUAAAGACAACGGCGAUUACGAGGAUGUUCAGUGCUUCGAACAUCAGGGGUACGGCAAGCAGUGUUGGUGUGUCAAUGAGAAAGGACACGAGAAAAAGGGGUCACGAACGUACGGUGAUGAAGUGCCAUCUUGUGCCAGUCAAGUUCACCAAGAGACACUGUGUGAGCGUGAACGUAAAAUAGCGAGCUCUGCUUACGUACCAGAUAUCUAUGUACCGACGUGUAAUAGCCUUGGGAACUUUGAGCCAAUACAAUGCUUUGAACACUCAACCUACGGCAAGCAGUGCUGGUGUGUGGACAUGACAGGACAGCAAAUCAAGGGAACAAAGACUUAUGGAGCCACUAAACCCGUUUGCGGAGACACACAAGUUGCAGCAGCAGAACCCAUGACUUGUAAGUCAUCUCCUUAUGGUUGCUGCUUAGACGGCGUUACCUCAGCCAAGGGACCAAACCAAGAGGGAUGCAAUACUAUAGUUCCUGGCCACCUUUCAAAAUGCCAACAAGAACAAGACCAGGCAAAGAACGGAGCCCUAGAUAUGUUCAUUCCAGAUUGCCAACCAAACGGCGAGUAUAAUGAAAUACAGUGCUACACAUUCCCUGUCACUGAAAAUACCGAAUGUUGGUGUGUCGAUAAGGAUUCUGGAGUGGAGCGACCUGGAACGAGACUCAGCGAAAAGCAACCCAACUGCCAGGCACCAGUCCUACCAACUAAUCCUCGUCCUUACGCCUUCACCAUCUGUCUUGUGUCAGUAUUUAAAUGCUGUCCUGAUGGGGUUACCCCUGCUAAGGGGCCCGACAAUGAGGGUUGUCCAGGGCAACCAACGACAACGGUGGCUCCUGCACCAACCACAGCUAAACCAACUGUUCCACUUGGGGCACCCUACGAAGUCUGUGUCACCGUCAAAUUUAAGCAAGUUUGGUAUCCUCAACUGAAAGACAAGUUAGGACUGUACUACAAUCAACUUCAAAAAGACGUUGAGAACUCGUUGAAACAAAUUUACAAGGUUCAUCCAGAUUUCAACAAAGUUUACUUUAGCGAAGCAAGGCCCGAGCAAAAUCCACAUCAUCCAAGUGGCCCAAAGGCCUUGGCUGUGUUCUUCGUUAUUUACUUCCGUAACCUCGUGGCAGAUCCUCUAGCGACUCUCCGAGAUAGCAUCGAUGAGUCAAAUAAAUUUGCAGGGAGAUCUGUCUUCCCAGAAUCUCUUAGAAAUCUAGGCAUACCCUACCAUCAUUUAGGAUGUCCAACAGCCAACUACAAACCAAUUCUACCGGUCACCACUAAGCGUCCAGGGACAACAGCAACUAGCAAACCAGUAACUGUAGUUACAACAACACAAAAUCCGUGUGGACCUUGUUUAACGCCGCCCAACUGUCCAACUACAUGUCCUCCGCAAGUCACAACACCCUCUGUCACCACACAACCUCCACAAACUACCACCCCUCCUCCACUGCCUCCUAAGACUACUCCUCCUCCUCCAUUGCCAUCUCAGACUACUCCUCCUACUACUCCUCAGACUACUACUCCAUGCGGUCCAUGUCUUUCACCAUCUUCUUGUCCACCUCCGUGUCCACAGACCUUACCACCACAAACAACACCACCACCAACUCUGCCUCCACAAACUACACCUCCACCCACCUUACCACCACAAACUACACCACCACCCACCUUACCACCACAAACUACACCACCACCCACCUUACCACCACAAACUACACCACCACCCACCUUACCACCACAAACUGCACCGCCACCCACCUUACCACCACAAACUAAACCUCCACCCACCUUACCACCACAAACUAAACCUCCACCCACCUUACCACCACAAACUAAACCUCCACCCACCUUACCACCACAAACUACACCAAACCCUUGUGGACCUUGCGUUACUCCACCGAACUGUCCACCACCAUGUCCGGUUCCUUGUCCUGCACCAUGUCCAACACCACCACCACCACCAACACCAUUACCCACCACAGCACCCCAAACAACACCAAGUACGCCUUCAACUCCUGCAUCAACUUCCACUCAAGCACCAAAUAAGACAACUACUACUGUGGCACCACCUACUACGCCUUCUACUACAAAACCAGCUACAACUCCUCUACCACCAGUUGAUGGUAACUACACUGGAUGGACAGAAUGGACCGAGUGUUCUGCAACAUGCAGCGGUGGAAUCCAGCAAAGGACACGCACGUGUACAAACCCAGCACCAAAGAAUGGAGGCAAAAACUGUGAUGUACUUGGGCCGUCCUUCGAGACUAAGACAUGCAACACAAAGCCUUGUCCAGAGGACGGAGGAUACGGUAAUUGGGGCAAGUUUCUAGACUGCAGCAAGUCUUGUGGUGGAGGAAUGCAAUUCAGGACAAGAACUUGUGAUAACCCGAAACCAUUAUAUGGAGGAAAGAACUGUACAAGACUCGGACCUGCUAAUGAAACAAGAGCUUGUAAUACCUUCUACUGUCCAAUCGAUGGAAACUUCAGUGAUUGGUCAGAGUUUAUGACGUGCAGUGCCACGUGUGGUGGUGGUGUCCAAUACAAGACACGUAUGUGUACAAACCCUCCUCCCCAACAUGGAGGUAAAAACUGUUCCGAGCUUGGUCCAACACGCAUUUCUAGAGAAUGCAACACUCAAAAAUGUCCAGUGGAUGGCGGAUACUCUCCGUUCACCAAUUUCUCAGACUGUACAGUAACGUGUGGAGGAGGAACUCAAAUCCGAACAAGAACAUGUACCAACCCACCACCAAGGCAUGGCGGAGACGACUGCUCUAAAGACGGGCCUGACUUUGAAACAAGAAAGUGCAAUACACAGUUAUGCCCAAUCGACGGUGCCUUUACUUCAUUCUCGAACUACUCCACAUGCAGUAAGACGUGCGGUGGUGGAGUGCAAGUGAGGUUGCGUUCAUGUACCAGCCCUGAACCUCAGUUUGGUGGGAAGAACUGCACUGGUUCAUACAAAGAGACAAAAUCUUGUAACGCGCAGCCAUGUCCAAUUGAUGGAGGGUUCGGUGAGUGGGGUAACUACUCAAGGUGUGAGGUGACUUGCGGUGGAGGCACACAGAUGCGCAUGCGUACAUGUACUAAUCCAGCACCAGCGAAUGGUGGACGACCCUGCACGGGUUCAACCACAGAAACAAGAGACUGUAACAUCCAACCAUGUCCAGUUAAUGGUGGAUACAAUGAGUGGAGUACAUUCGGCCCAUGUAGCUCAUCGUGCGGUGGAGGAACCCAACAACGAACCAGAACGUGUACCAACCCUGCACCAGCCCAGGGUGGAAGGAGUUGUGCUAUUCUUGGGCCUUCACAUCAGACAAGAAACUGCAGUACCAAUCCAUGUCCUGUUUCAGGCGGCUACACGGGAUGGACUGAUUGGUCAGAAUGCUCCAAAACCUGUGGUGGAGGGAUCAUCAAGAGAACUAGAAACUGCAGCAACCCAGAGCCACAGAAUGGAGGAAAGGAUUGUUCUAUUCUUGGCGGAGAUCAGGAGUCACAGUCUUGCAAUAUGAUGCCUUGUCCAAUUAAUGGUAACUAUUCUGAGUGGACAGAGUGGAGUAGCUGUACCGUCACUUGUGGAGGAGGUGAACACAUGCGCUCUCGAAUGUGUACCAACCCUCCUCCAGAAAAUGGAGGCAAAGACUGUACCUCAAUUGGUAAAUCCACCGAAACUGCCAAAUGUAACACUCAGUCAUGUCCUGUUAAUGGUGGUUACUCUGAAUGGACGCCCUGGAGUAAAUGCACGGUGACAUGCGGGGACGGCCAACAGUAUCGAACAAGAAACUGCUCCAACCCCACCCCAGAUUUUGGAGGCUCUGACUGCAGUGGUCUGGGCAGCCCCACUGAUAGGAAAGCCUGUGUUAAUGCCCCUUGUCCACCGGAACCAUCUAACAUGGGACCUGAUGAGGGUUGGUCACAGUGUUCAAAGAGCUGUGGUGUUGGUGUAAAAUGGAGAUCUGUGAAAUCAAAGGAUGGCAAGGCUGAGAAUGAGACCAAGACAUGUGCAACUAAUCCAUGUCCGGUCGAUGGAGGCUACUCUAAGUGGAGUGACUGGACCCAGUGUUCCGUAUCGUGUGGUGGUGGCGUGACGUCACGGUCACGCACGUGCACGGAACCCAUCCCAAUGUUUGGUGGUCAGCGGUGUGAGGAUCCUGAAGGACCUGUUCAAACCAAACAAUGUAAUAUGCAGGAAUGUCCAGGUAACAAUAACAUCUAUACUUCACUAAAGCGAAACUAUGAUUCCAAGUCAAAGUUGGACUUUACAGUGGAUUUUUGGGGAUUUCCCAUCCGAUCAUGCCGUGAGUUCUACGAGCGUUGUCAUAAGCGUGAAGAUGGUCUCUAUAACAUCUACAUCAAUGAGAAGGUUACAGCACGAGAGAUAAUUGUCUAUUGUGACAUGACACACUCCCAUGGAGGCUGGACUUUACUGGUUACCUCGGCAACCAACGAUGGAUGGACCGCUGACAAUAUCAAGUCGAGGAAUCCAGACGAGCCUUCAUUGACAAAGGAUUAUUCGAUCCUUGGCGAGGCCGAUGCCAUCAAAGCCAUUUCUCUUGGCUCAUUCCAGUAUCGACUGGAAGCAAAUGAACGUAUGGUUUAUGGAGGAAUAUGGAGCGCUCCUCAGACAUACAGUUUUACUUCAACUUCUGGUAACCUAACGGGUCUGACUGAGGUAGAGAAGUUUCCUCCUUCAUGGGAGUACGGUCCUACAGCCCUUGGUAACCGGUUGCCAUGGCUACCACAAGACGAUGAAUACGCCUACCUUACCACCUCAGACAGGGUUGGCAAGGAAUGGUACGGUACAAUCGUUGCUAAGAAACGUCAGUUCAAGCCGGCACCUUGGAUAAUGGGCAAGUUAGAUAACCCUGGACUUAUCUGGUACUGGAUGAAAGAGGCGUCUUCCAUGCUGAAACCUCCAAGUGAAAGCGAACCAGACGAGAUGUGUCCCUCGCCAGUUGCUGGUGGCUACAACGAGUGGUCGGCCUGGACCCCAUGUCCGAAAUCAUGUGGAGGAGGAAUGCAACUGAGAACGAGAAACUGUACCAACCCAGAACCGCUGAACGGUGGAGCUGACUGCUCAGCCCAGGGAGGAGACAUCGAAACAAGAGAAUGUAAUACUCUGCCUUGUCCUGGACAAACAGUCAAUGGAGGAUACUCACCUUGGUCUGAUUGGUCAGAAUGCACUGCCACGUGCGGUGGAGGAUCACAAAUGAGAUCACGCAAGUGCGACCAUCCAGCGCCUCAGAAUGGCGGGAAAAACUGCAUCGACCAGGGGCUUGGGAACGAGCUGGAAACCAGGAAGUGUAACACCAAACCCUGCCCUAGUCCUUGCAGUCCUCCCUGUCAGAAUGGUGGUGACUGUAUCAACAACCACUGCAAGUGUCCCGCGGGUCUGUACGAGGGAACAUACUGUCAGACAGCAAUCUGCAAGAAGCCUUGUCAAAAUGGUGGCACUUGUGUUGAUCCAAAGACAAACGCCUGCUUAUGCCCACCUUCAUGGAGAGGAAAGAAUUGCGAGAAACGUGAGUUACCAGCAUUUACUGAAAAUAGCCUUUAA